AUGGACGCAUUGAACUCCAAAGAACAACAAGAGUUCCAAAAAGUAGUGGAACAAAAGCAAAUGAAGGAUUUCAUGCGUUUGUACUCUAAUCUGGUAGAAAGAUGUUUCACAGACUGUGUCAAUGACUUCACAACAUCAAAGCUAACCAAUAAGGAACAAACAUGCAUCAUGAAGUGCUCAGAAAAGUUCUUGAAGCAUAGCGAACGUGUAGGGCAGCGUUUCCAAGAACAAAACGCUGCCUUGGGACAAGGCUUGGGCCGAUAA